CAGCAUCUUCAGCGAGACGACGCACAGCAGCACGUCGCUCUCUUUCUCCUCCGCCUGCGCACUCCCGACGUCACGCACGCGCGGGAUCGCUCAUCUUUUUCUACUGCGCAUGCCCUGCUGCUUUCCCCAUCUUUUUUCGCUCGGAUUUGACCCGUUUCGUCGCAAUGACACGCGCGUGAUGGAAGACUGACGUGAACGCGCUCCACCAGCCUCUCCUGGAAUCUUCUCCCCCCCCUCCCUUGUCCACCUUCUCCUUCAACCCACCCUCCCUCCUCUUCCGCGCGCAGCAUCUCUCCUACGCGCGUGCGCGAGAGCCCCACACCGCUUUUUUGUCUAGUGCGGACCCGCGCGCGCGCGCCACCCUCCCGAGGACUCGCCCGCGCGGCCACGCUGCGUCAAGAGAAAGGGAGAGACAAAAAAAAAAGACGAAGAAGAAGAAGGGGGGGAUUUAAGCGGACCGAGGCAUCAUCCGAGCGAGCGCAAACAUGAUGGCCGGCGGAGCAGUGCAGCAGAACGGCCUCUUCGCCACCCCGCACCACCACGGCCAGCAGCCGCACAUGGAGGCCGACCCGCCGGACUCGCGCAAAAGACCCCUGGAGACCCCCACCGAGGCCAGCAGCACCAAACGCACCAACACGGGAGUGGCCUUCCUGCAGCCGCUUUUUGAAAGCGAAGGCAUUGUUUUCCCACACCAAGACACUGAGAGCCAUGAGGAAGGCGAGUACUUCCUGAAGGUUUUGAUUCCUAGCUACGCGGCGGGCUCCAUCAUCGGCAAGGGCGGACAGACCAUCGUCCAGCUACAGAAGGAGACCGGAGCCACCAUCAAAUUGUCCAAAUCCAAAGACUUCUAUCCCGGCACCACAGAGCGGGUAUGUCUGGUUCAGGGCACGGUGGAGGCGCUCAACGGCGUCCACGACUUCAUCGCAGAGAAAGUACGAGAGAUGCCGCAAAGCAGCCAGAAGUCGGAACCGUCAGCUCUACAGCCCCAGACCACGGUCAACCCUGACCGCAUCAAACAGGCCAAGCUAAUCGUGCCCAACAGCACGGCGGGCCUGAUCAUCGGCAAGGGCGGCGCCACCGUCAAGGCGGUGAUGGAGCAGUCGGGCGCUUGGGUGCAGCUGUCGCAGAAGCCGGAAGGGAUCAACCUGCAGGAGCGCGUGGUCACCAUCAGCGGCGAGCCUGAGCAGAACCGCAAGGCGGUGGAGAUCAUCGUGCAGAAGAUCCAAGAGGACCCGCAGAGCUCGUCCUGCCUCAACAUUUCCUACUCCAACAUCACCGGGCCCGUGGCCAACUCCAACCCCACCGGCUCGCCGUACGCCAACUCGGCGGAGGUCAUGCCGGCGGCGGCCGCUGCGGCGGCGGCUACGGCCUCCUCGCUCCUCGGCCAAGCGGGUCUGGCCGGGGUGGGCGCAUUCCCCACGACCAUGUCCAGCCUGUCGGGUAACGACCUGCUCACCAUCACGUCCGCCCUCAACACACUGGCCAGCUACGGCUACAAUACCAACUCUCUCGGGCUGGGGCUCAACCCGGCCGCCGCCUCGGGGGUACUGGCUGCCGUGGCGGCUAACGCUAACCCCGCGGCUGCCGCCGCCGCCAACUUGCUGGCAUCCUACGCCAGCGACGCGUCCACGAGCGCCGCCCACCAGGCCGCGGGAUUGGGAGGCUUCUCCUUGGGCUCGCUGGCCGCCGCCACCGGGGCCACCAACGGGUACCUGAGCGCCACCUCGCCCCUGAUGGCGUCCUCACUGCUAGCCACCGAGAAGCUGGCGGAAGGCGCCAAGGAGGUGGUGGAGAUCGCCGUGCCGGAGAACCUGGUGGGCGCCAUCCUGGGCAAGGGCGGCAAGACGCUAGUGGAGUACCAGGAGCUGACCGGCGCUCGCAUCCAGAUCUCCAAGAAGGGCGAGUUCAUUCCGGGAACCCGGAACAGGAAGGUGACCAUCACGGGAUCGCAGGCGGCCACGCAGGCGGCGCAGUACCUGAUCAGCCAGAGGAUCACCUACGAGCAGGGGGUGCGUGCCACCAAUCCCCAGAAGGUGGGCUAACCCACCAUGCCCACAAGGAAUCGCGAGAGGGAAGAGGAGAGGAGAGCGUUUUUCUUUUGUCCUUUUCAACCCCUCUGGGUCGUCUUCUCAGUAUUACCCCCUCGAAAAAAAAGUGCUGGGAUGACGAAAAAAAAACAAACAUGUAAAAUGUAAAUAAGUUUUAUUACUUAACGUCUUUACGGACUUUUUAUUCCUUUUUGUUGCGUAAAUUAAGAUGUUUGUUUUGUUUGCGUACUGUGGACACGCUGAAUGACAGGAAGUAGGGGAGGGGAGGGGAGCCGCCCCAGCCUCCCCACCCACCUCCUGCAGGGUUUCAGUUUGCCCCUCCCCUUCCCUCCCCCCUCGUGAGGGUUCCGUGACUGCACAGGUGUGCGUACGGCAGAACAAAUGCACCCGCCCCCUAACCUCGAAUCUCAGCCCCACCCCUGCCCCAAAUCCUCCGUCCCACAUUGAUGACCUCACGUAGCGAGCGAAACUGUGCUGCGCGGCGUGAUGACAUCAUCGCUAUUUAUUCUUAUCAGAGGAGUUGAAUGUAAAUGUUUUAAUUUAAUGUUUUUGGACUGCAGAUGAAUGCUAACGCCACAUAGUGUAAUAUAUGUCUUAUUUAAGCCGGGGGGAGGGGGCGCCGCCUAUGUUAGGGGUCUGCUCGUUAGCAUCCCCCCCCCUUAUCUUGACCCGGCUUAUCCUCCCUGGCGCUCGCUAAACCAUAAAAUGGAGUCCUUGUUGGCUAAAAAGCACUUGGGGACUAACUACUGAAAAACAGGCGGCGAAGGUGGCAGCGGUUACUGGCGUGCUCUGUUUGUGCGUUCUUUUGUGCUGUUUUUUUUUUUUGUCUGUUUUUUUACGGUCGGAGUACACUGAAUUGUUGUCUUAAUGCACUGUGAAGCGAGGGGACGCAACUGGACGACUUUUUGUAUGGCAGGGAACACUAGCGAAUAUGAAAUAUCAAUUAUUAUACACAGUAUGAAUAUUCCGGAUCGGAAGGCAUAUGGAGAGCCGGGCGUCAAUCGGCGGAGGUUCCUUGGGGAAAAGACGGAACGUCUGGUGGGAGCCAGGAAGGGGGGGGGGGCACUUUCCCUAAAACAAUAGAACAUUUCCCCAUGACGUCACACGUACUUCCGGGUGGCAAAGGACGGAUAGGAUUGAAUGAAACCACGUCAAUGGCUCGAAAUUAAGACAUAUCAAAUAAUUAUUGCUUGACUUGCUGAUUAAACAGCAAAAUUCGACAUCAGCUCCAUGUUAAGCGGGAAUCACCAAAUUGUUCUCGAACAUGAGCUGGGUUGACACCGUUGUGAAAAAGCUUCGUUUUACCCGACCGGUUAGGUUAUCAGCGUUUUUUUGUUGCUUUUAUUACAUGAAGUGUGUCAUCUUUUCUCAAAAUGGCAUCACACAUACUAGCUAGCAUACUAGCCGUUUUGCUAAAUGACUCAAAGACAACAUUAGCUCCAUUUAACCAAUAUUCAAAACUUCUGGAUUUAAAAAAACAAAAACCUUUCAAUAGUUUUUCCUCAUGCCCGUGACCCUCGCGAGGAUAAUUUCAGAUGGUUUUCAUUUCAAGUCAGUCGCCCGCUUUUCUGCCACCCGGAAGUCCCCUGGCGCUAAUUGUUUACAAACAAUCGAAAAAGGUCUCAUUGAAGUGAAUGUAAAAAGUCAGCAGCGGGGGUGCGUUGGAGUCAUUCACCCCGGCGACCGUGCCCGAGUGGGGAUUCCUCUCCUUCCUCUUCCUUAGUUUGUCUUUCGGAGGCGCCGCUGGGCCAGCCGGCGAGGCUGUCUGGUAAGGAGGCUUCUUUACUCCAUCUUUAACUCCAUCUUCACGCACUCCCCCCAAAACACCCCCCCCCCCAUCCCGACGCCGCCCACCCACGUGCCCCUACCACAUCGCUCCACGGGCGGCGGCCAUGAUGCAUGCCUCCUCUUCUCGUCGUCUUCUUCUUCUUCUUCUGCUGCUGCUGAGGAUCUUUGAUGAGUCAAGCAGGAGGUCCCACUCUUCUUCUGGUAGUUGUUGUCAUGGCGACCAUGGGACCGUUCCACUAGCUUGUUGUAGGACAACGGUGAACCCCUGCAUAUUGGCGGAUUAGGGAAUCUGCAGAUUUUUUUCCCCUAUCUUCUGUUAUGAACUGUUUUUGCGCUCAGCCCAAAGCAAUAAAACUAUUACUUGGGCGCCAUAUGCUGUCUAGGAACUACGCUGAAAUGGGCUGAGGAAUUUCAUUUAGGCACUGCUGCCGUCUUGUGGCAUAUUGAUUUUAAGGAGCUAUGUUGAAGUGCAUUUAGGAGUUUUAUUUGCACACAACUAGUGCUUUGUUGCUGUCUAGGUGUCAAGAAUCGAAGCAAGUUAGACAGAACCAGGUCUUUCUCCACUUGUGGCAUUUUGAGUCAAUUAUAACGAUUUUGGGAAGGGGUGAGGGCAGCCAUUUGCGGAUUUUUGCGGGUUCACGAUAUCGAAGACAUCUCGGCUGAGUGGUGACUAGCUGAGUAUUUUAGCAGGUUUGCAUGCAGCAUUGCGGACUUCCUGCGGGGGCAGUGUUGUGCGUCUAACCUCCUUCUGCCCCUUCAUUUGAUUUGAUGAAGCGAUACGUGUUGUCUCGUCCCGUCCGUUUUGCCGUCGCGACGCUAUUUUCCCGACUGAUCGUAGUUUGGUUGUUUCUUUGUUUUUGUGUUGGUGGGGAAAUGCUGCUACUAAGAAAUGCUAACUGAAAAACAUACAAAAAAAAAACAUAUCGAGCGCAAGUUUCAAGAAAAAAUAAGUCCUUCUCAAAGCUGUGCCAAAUUUUUUUUUGAUUUGAUAUCGCAGACGUACAGUACUUUUUAUACCAGGAAAAAUGUGAAAAAGUGCCAAAUGAAUGACGCAUAUUCUAAAUCGUUUCUAUCAAAAGCGGGGAAGCACUUCAUCAGUGUUAGCCUGGACGCUUCACAAAUGCAACGGUUGAGGGAAUAAAUAAAACAGAGCGAUAGCUUAGCGUUACCAUGCUGGAAUAUGGAGAGGAAAAAUAAUGUGACUCCAUCGCAUUCUUAAACCCUUUUCUAGUGAAGAUGUAUUUUGUGGGACUCGAUGUUAAACUUUUUGCACGUGUAUAUUGCAUGACGUUAAGUAUGGACAACAAAAAAAUGGAAAAAAAAAACACUUUAGACUUUGUGUCGUUCAUUAUCAACAAAAACAUCGAACAAACCCCCGAGAACAAACCCCAAAAAGUCCCAAAUCACUGCUAUUUUUUUACGUCGCUAACAUGGAUGCUAACGUCUACUUCGAGCUCGGCCCACCAGUGCGUCCCUGCACACGCUCCGUGCCGUUUCACUUUUUGAUGUUUUUUUUAACGUAGAUCAGUAUUUGAUUAAUUUCUUGAUAAAUCUGCCUAAAACAAACUCAAAGCAGUAUUUAAGUUACGAUGAAGCAUCCCUUUCCUCUCAAAUUCGAACAAAAAAAAGACAUUUGCACUAGUUUUCGUGUGGCCAGGGGCCAAGCUGGGGAAUCGGGGAGCGUUUACUACAGUUUGUGUCGUGCAUGCUCGGUCUAAUCGCUCUUUUUCACGCCAUUUUUUCACCACCGCUCUUGUGAGCGGCCAGCAACAGUCACCUUAUCGCUAGCAUGCUAAUAUGCUAACUAGAUGUUUGCGACGUUUCCAUGAAAAAAAAAAAGACCUUUUACUACUUUCUACUCUUACCACGCAUAUUAUGGGACCCUGGUCAAACCCACAAGCCCCUCCCACCCCAAAAAAAACUUGCCACCAAUCACCCCUCUCAAAACUACCACUUUGAAACACCAGCAAGUGUCGACUGCAUUUGUCAUAUCACUGUUUCCUGUUUUUUCUUCUUCUGUGGUUUACUUUGCUCGUUUGUGUUUCACUAACUGACAAAUUGCCAUUUUUGUGUGUGUGUAGCCUGUUUACUCCCAAAACAGACACCAAGCCCUUUUCACACAAAACUUUCACAAAAAAUUGGUCAUUUCGUCAACAAUUUCCUUGCUCUCAACUUUCCACUGUCCUCUUACACAAAGGAAGCAUUCCGGCAAAAUUUGGGGGCUUGACUUCAACCUCUCAUUCCGUAUCGGGAACCUUCACACAGCGGAGUGAGCUGGGGAAAAAUCUGGCUUUGAUUAGCAGUGAGAAAGUGAAGAUUCAUGAUUUGGAUUUUGCUGCUUUUGUUAGCAUUGUUGACUCGCAAAUGUGCAGGUAGACUUCGGCCCUCCAUUGUGUGUCGCGGGUGAAAAGUUGGUGUGAAAGGGACUUCAUUCAUGACCUCUUUUUUUUUUGUGCAUUCACUGCCCACAACACACACACACACGUUGCUCCUCUUGCUCCUCUCUCCGUUACCAGUGCCAAACUUCCUGAGGAUGCCCCCCCCCCCCCCCAAAAAAAGGGUGCCACCGAUCAUUCCGACCUUCGCGUCUCUCUCGUAUCGGGACAGCCCGUGAAGUCAGCAUGCACCGCCCCCACCCCCCUUCCAUCACAUGACGACACCACAACCACCGCCACCCCCCCCCCCACUCCCUCCUCCUCCAGCAGGAUUAACCCUCCCUACCCUCCGUUCGUCCGUGCGUCCGUCCCCGGCCCAGGUCCGUCCGAGGAGCCACCCAUCCCCGCCAGCUGCUUCCUAACUCUUGUCAUGCUGUUCUUCAGCUGUGGAGCUCCUCAUUGAUCGUGUGCCAUAGUGUCAGGGGGCACCUGUCACCCCUUCCUCACCCUUUCUCUCUGUCUUCUCUUUCGCUCCAUUUGUUGAAAAAAAAAAAAAGUUUGAAAACUCCCCCAUUUUUUCUAACGACAAAGACUUUGGAGCUGAUUUUCACCCCCCUCCUCUUCUCCACCACGCCACCACCCCUUGCUCGCUCGCUCGCUCAUGAACUUUAUUAUUGAUCUUCCUCCUCCUCUUCCUCCUCCUCUGCCUCCUCCUGUGUUCAUCUCCAGCUGUCGGGACAAUAACUCUCCAUUCCAUAAGUCCAAAAGAAAAAAAAAACCUCUGUGAGACUGUGCAAUGCUCGCUGAUAUGACUUUUUGUUUUGUUUUUUAUUUCUUUUGUUUUUUUGUUGCGGCAGCCCCCAGACAUGGACAUGGUGAAAAUAAUUGAUUGCUGCUAGCUACAGGGGCCAAAACAAAAAGCUAAUUUGUGGCCACAAAAAACAAAUUGUGGUCACAAAAUAUUCAAUUGUAGCCACAAAUUACAAAAUUGUGGCCACUCAAUACUAAUUUGCUAAGUAUUUUUCAUUUUGUGCACGGUUGUGGGCACAUAUUAAUAUUUUGCGAACACGACAUACUAAUUUAAAGUCACAAAAUACAAAAUUGUGACCACUAAAAUACUGAUUUAAUAAAUUUGUAUCUUGCGCGCACAUUAUAUAUACACCAUAUAUUAGCGUUUUGUGUCCUGGUCAUAUCGGCAUUGCGGCUACAAUUAAAACAUUUGCUCUCCAUUUCAUGUCCGAGGCUCCGUAUUUUUUUGGCUCAUCAUCGGGGACAGAAAAAAAGAAAAAAAAAAGGGGGGGGGAACAAAAAAGGGAAUUUAAUCAUACAAAAAAAAAGUUGUUUCUUCACCCUUUUUGUUGUCAUUGUAAAUAAACUUUCUUUGUACAGGGUGGGGCAGCAUAAAGACUUUAGCUGUACUCUUGUUAGUCGUGUUUGUCGUAGCUGCUGUACCGCCCCCUCCGUUUAUGAAGUCCCCCCCCCCCCCCCGCCCCCUCGUAAGACAUAUCACUUCACUCGUUUAGUUUUUUUGCUGGCUCGCGGCGCUGCUAACUUUGUGCAAUACAGUCGGGUUUCCAGCCAGCCAUCAGCACAUAUCCUCUUCCUCCACGUCAUCACAUGAUCAAAAGUAUUAAUAACACCACAGUGACAAUAAUUGUUCAUUUCACCGCAUGGCUCUCUCUGACUUCCACCCCCCUGAUUUUAUGCUGCCCGUCGCCCCAUUUCCAAACACACACGAGCUAUUUAUUUCCUAACUCAUUAAAAAAAAAAAAAAAAAAAAAAAGAGUCAAAAGGGAACGACUGGAAGAAGAGAAAAUAUUUUUUUGUUUUUUAGUAUCCAAGUAGUGUUGCUUUUUAACACCGUUGAUGAGCUGACGUAAAAAAAAAAGAAAAGAAAAAAAAAGAGUAUUGAAUAUUAAAUGUAACUGUAGCAUUGUGUUUGUAAAGAGACAAAAAAAAAGAAAAACAACAUAGUGAGUUUGUGUUUGUUGACUUGUGGAUUACCAGUGAAGUGAAGGCCAUCUAGUGCUAAUAAUAAGAAUAUUAAUAAUAACUACUACUAUUAUUAUAUGAUAUAUGAGGUCAUUUUCUAAGAUUCUUAUUUUGCCACAGCAACAGCAGUCAUUAUAAAUGUUCAUUUUAGCA